GAGAGGGAUGGAGGAGGACGGAGCUGCUAAACUGAGCGUUUUGACGCGCAGAGAGGAGGACAGAGCGUCACAUUUCUCCAAACGCCCAUCAAACUUUCACCACAGCAGCCUGUAGAGGGGACCCGGUCCUCUGAAGGAGGGCCUGUCAGAGACACCGAGGACACGCUGGGGUCGGGGCGCGCGCGGCCGGACAGCGAUGGAGACACUACUGGCGAUUACUUUUGGUACUGUUUGACCGUGACGUGGUUCUCCCCGAAAAGAUCCCGUUCCGUUUCCUGCGCCCUUUUCGCGACAGAGCAACUGGGAUGGAGCAAGCACCCAGCGCGCCGAGCCCGCCUCCGAAGCCGGCUCAUCAUGAGCCCAUCAGCUUCGGCAUCGACCAGAUCCUGGGAGCCGGCACGGAGCCCGACAACGGGCGCGCGUCUGGAAGACAGAGUGGAUCCGAGUUAAGCAACGGGGACGGUUAUUACAGUUUGGGAAGCCCGACCGGGUCCACCGCGCCCGCGUACACCGCGCUGUCUAUCUCCCUCUCCGGUAUAAUGCCUCCGGGAGAGGCGCCCGGCUCAUACGGGGAAAGCAGGAGUCUGGGCAGCCGCGGAGUGAUCCGAGUCCCGGCCCACAGACCCAUGACAGCGCCGGGACCCCCGGCCGCCGUCCAGGGCGCUGUUCCGGGUUUUGGAGGGCUGUGCUUCCCAUGGAUUGGAAACCGGUUCGCCAAGGACAGAAUAUCAGCGGCUCUGGUCCCGUUCGCCGUCACGCGGCGGAUAGGACACCCGUACCAGAACCGGACUCCGCCCAAACGGAAAAAGCCCCGCACGUCCUUCUCCAGGGUUCAGAUCUGCGAGCUGGAGAAGCGCUUCCACCGGCAGAAGUACCUGGCCAGCGCCGAGCGCGCCGCCCUGGCCAAGAGCCUGAAGAUGACGGACGCACAGGUCAAAACCUGGUUCCAGAACCGCAGGACCAAGUGGAGGAGGCAGACAGCCGAGGAAAGGGAGGCGGAGCGUCAGCAGGCCAAUCGCCUCAUCCUCCAGCUGCAGCAGUCCGCCCUCCAGAAGUCUCUCGGCGAAUCAGCGGUGUCGGAUCCGCUGUGCGCCCAUAACUCCUCCCUGUACGCCCUGCAGAACCUCCAACCGUGGGCCGAGGAGAGGGAAUAGAAGCGAGGCGCAUCGCGGUAAUCAAUAAGCACCAGCUCUGAUCCCUGGGAGGACAAAUGAAUUCAAUUAGACAUACGUGAGGACAGUGGGACUUACUUUGAUCCAUGCGAUGGAUAAAAAAAAAAUAUAUAUGUUGGAAAAAAAAAUUGGCUAUCUGAGCGGACGGUUUAGAAAAUGGACCCGAAAUGAUGGUGAGUGAUGUUUGUCUUGAAACAGAAACAGAACGCCCAUUGGAUUCAAUUUUUGCAACUCUGAACAUUGGAACCGAGAGACUUUUUCCACCUUCAAACCAGAUACAGACCUUUUUCUGAAGUUCUCAUCACCCUGCGAUGGUCCUCUUACGCUCUUACUCAUUCUGUGUAUUAGAAUGAAGAAGACCCCUCCCUACGCCCCUGCCACCCCCCAGACCUGGAAGAGGAAAUUCGCCAUUCGUCUGUUUUGUUGUGGAAGAACUGCAGACAUAAAACGGCCUACACAACUACACAGAAACAAUAGGCUUCUUGCAUAAACAUGUCACAUAUAAAACCUGUGCAGUUUCAUCAAAAUAUGCUAAAAGAUGGUUUUAGAAAAAUGCAGAUAAAAGCUGUUUCAGAGGGGUUUUUUUAAAUAAUUGUUUUGGUGCUUAAACGUUCUUCUAAUGUCAUUUAAAUAUCCAACUACAGGCACCAGCACCAUCACCUGUAUGUACACAGGUGUGGUGCACCACCAUAGCCCAAAAAAAGUAAUAAAAUGUUACAUUAUACGGGAGAAAUGUUUGUGUGCGUGUUAAUAAAAGGGAAAUAGAUGACAGGAUUAAGAGGAACAGAAGUGAAAAAUAUAAAAGAGGCCGCGAGUUGGGUAAUAAAGGGCGUGAUGCAUGUUCUGUGAUGGUGGUGAUGUUUCUUCUUUUUUUAUAUGCAUAUUAUCAUGCUUUAUUUGUGUGUCCCAUGGGAUCAAGGCACAAAUGUACAACUCUUUUUGUACUUUCAUUGUAUAUGUGUAAAUAACAAUAUAAACUGUUCUUGUGACCCUU